UAUAUAUUCUAUUAAAGUAUAUGAAUGACGAGGAAAGAAAAAAAUUUAAAAAAAAAAUUAAAAGAAAAAAAAUACUACUAAAAACAAUACUAUUACUACUGCUACUACUACUACUAUCAUUGCUGUCUCUAUCAUUGCUGCUUCUAUUUAAGUUUAUGAUCCACAUGUUUAAUAAAGAAACAAGACGUUAUAAGUCAGCUCAUGACAGAACCAACAGAAUACAAUGACAACAUAAAGCCUGAUAUAACGUACUACUCUUAUGGUAACACUAAGGAUCUUGCGCCUGUCAUAGUGGAGAUUCAGAAAAAGAUGUCACAUGGUUCACUUUGGGCAAAACAAGUUCAUAUCUGCAAUGCUGAUUCGAUCACAUCGUUUAUACAAGUACCGAUGCCAAAAAUGAUUGCACUAGUCCACUUUAUAACACAGCAAGAAAAGCAUAUUAUCGCUUUGGAUGAAUACAUGGAUCCAAUGCUUCAGGGCAUUUAG